UACCUUGCCUUCGGCGUCUUGGACCCAUAAGAAUGAGGGCACAAUACAGAGACAUAGCUAUUAGGAACCAGGUCAUGCCUGUCUCUACCUCCCGGCGCUCUUCUGCUCUCUUUUUCUCCCAUGGGUAGUCAUACUCUGCCGUCCAAGACUCGACAAUGGAGAAGACACGUGUUCUGGAUCCAAGCUUCACCGAACUUUUUACCAGUGCCUUGUUGCGGGACAAGGUCCUACAGGUGCCAGCAUACCUUUUCUUGGCCAGUUGUCAAGCUCUCAGCAGCAUGCUCAGUACAUCAGGGCCGCUAUACCACACUCAUCUUUCAAGCCCUAUUAUCGAUUUCAAAGCCCAUUUUAUCGAUCUUUCAAGCCCAUAUUAUCGAUUGUUUGUUAGCCGUGAAACAUGACAGCUGUGAAGAGGCUCAGAGCCAAACAACUCUCAGAUGUCUAAGAGCCCCAGACAGCCGCCUAUGCUCACCUCUCUCUGUUCUAGUCCUGCCUAGCGAAUGCGAGGAAGUAAGCCGCGGCGUGGCUCAAGCCUUGGUCGACGGAGACCCCCUAUGCAGCAUCAGGUUUGAUCUACUAUCAACAUCACCUGCCCAAGAUGGGGAGAGUGAUAGGACCAAGGAUGGGUUUACCGUCAGGGGGCUUCAGACGAAAAGUACGUGUUAGUCACUGGACCGGCAGGAAAAUCGAAGCUUUUCCCGACAGACCUCCAACUCACGUAAACCGUGCAACCCCAGGGCUACGACUUCAAAUCGCUUUGCUGUUUUCGAGAUUCCUUC